AUGAGUUUAGUUGCAAAUACCGGGAAAUUGGCUGGCCGGACGCUCUUCAUUACGGGAGCUUCUCGUGGUAUUGGUAAAGCAAUAGCGUUGAAAGCUGCAAAAGAUGGUGCGAACGUUGUUGUGGCCGCAAAAACCGCCCAACCUCAUCCAAAGUUACCUGGAACCAUAUACAGUGCUGCUGAAGAAAUUGAGGCCCUUGGAGGCAAGGCUCUACCAUGCGUUGUUGACGUCAGGGAUGAGAAGCAAGUACAGAAAGCUAUAGAUGAUGCUAUUAAGAAGUUUAAUGGCAUUGACAUUUUAAUCAACAAUGCAUCAGCAAUUUCUCUGACAGGCACUGCAGAGACUGAUAUGAAACGAUAUGACCUGAUGCACAAUAUCAACACCAGGGGAACAUAUUUAGUGUCCAAAUUAUGUUUGCCACUACUGAAAAAUAGCAACCACGCCCAUAUCCUGAACUUGUCUCCACCACUUAACAUGAAUCCCUACUGGUUUUCAAUCCACGUGGCGUACACUAUGGCUAAAUACGGCAUGUCUAUGUGUGUUCUCGGCAUGAGUGAGGAAUUCAAACCAUUCAACAUCGGAGUCAAUGCACUGUGGCCUAAGACUGCCAUCGCGACCGCUGCCAUUGAGAUGUUAACAGGUGAUACAUCAACCAGUCGCAAACCUGAUAUCGUAUCUGACGCAGCCUAUGUCAUGCUUUGCAAGGACCCUAAAACAUACACUGGCAACUUUGCCAUCGACGAAGAUGUACUCAAAGCAGCUGGAGUCAAGGAUUUAACGCCAUAUGCAUGCGACCCCAAAAACGUCAAUAACCUAUUACUGGACGGUUUCCUGGACGAUCCGGCGUCUGUAAGCCAUAACAAGGCGACCGUCAGUAAUGUAGACAAUCUGUUAUUCGACUUUUUCUUGGAUGUACCCGGUGCACCAAAGCUGAUGGAAAAAAAGGGUGCCGCCGCAGAUGGUCAGAUCCCAGCUCUGUUCCAGUCCAUCAGCAAAACUCUCACACCAGAGUUGGUCAAGAAAACGCAAGCUGUGUAUCAAUUUAAUGUUAAAGGUAAAGAGGAGGGUGUGUGGCACAUCGACCUGAAGAACGGCGCGGGUGCGUGCGGCCAGGGCGAGCCCAGCAACGCUCCCGACGCCACGCUCACUAUGGAUACACAAAACUUCGCUGAUAUGUUCACGGGUAAACUGAAGCCUACAACAGCUUUCAUGAUGGGAAAGUUGAAGAUCAGCGGUGACCUCCAGAAGGCCAUGAAGUUAGAGAAAAUGAUGAAGUCGCUUAAGAGUAAGCUGUAA